UGCGUGGUACUAUCGUAGUUGAUGCUGUGCACAUUGUGAAACAAAAAAAUGGUCCGCUUUCUGUUUCUUGUCGCGAUGCCUGAGGAGGGCAAACACCUCGAGAAGGUGUUUGACUUGACAAAGGACGACGAUACUGCGGCUGGCAAUCCCUUCAUCGAUCUGUACUCCAACACGAAGUUUUGUUGUAGCGGGAGUAAAAACGACGAGGAGGAUAAGAAAACCACAAAACGACAAAUUUUCAUGGUUGUUCCGAAGCGGGACAAGGUCCACAACUGCCCCUCGAUCUCCUCUGAGUCCGCCGCCGUCUGCGCGUUCUCAGCACUGAACCUCCUGGUUCCCAUUUUCGGCGCGUUUGACUUGGUGGUGUCUGCGGGGACUUGUGGCGGGAUACAGCAGCCGUUGGACGUUUUCUUGGACGAGGAACAAGGUACAAGCACAACAACAGCGACGACGACGACAACAACGGCGAUGCAGCAGGGGGACGUGUUUGUCGCGAAACAGAUCCGGUAUUUGAACCGCUUUAUUCCCUUUGACGAAUACAAGCAGUAUCUGCAUGGCAGCGGGUACAAAUUGGUGGAUCCGAAAAGGGUCAAAACCGCUAUCCUCGCUGAUAAGAGGAACAAAGACACACUUCGUGUUUUCGAGGGGAACGUCGCGACAUCCAACACGUUUGUCACGGACGAUUCCAUUCCGCUGCAAGAAAAAGCUCACGUCUGCGAAAUGGAAGCGGCGGCACAGGCGAGGAUCUGCUGUUUGAUGAACGACGUUCCGUUCACCGCGGUGAAAAUCGUUUCUGACGUGGAUUUGAGCAGUGCAAAGCAGAAGCAGUAUCGCACCCGCACAAGUUGGAGUCACGCUUGUUGACAGAUCUGCUUUUUUUAUUUGCAUCGGCAUGACAAAAAAAUUUUUAAUUGUGAUGCAGUAAUUCCUACUGGUGCGGUGCUUUAGCUUUUGCAAUGCAUAAGAGUCCGUCGAAGGGAUGACGAAGGAGGAACGGGUAUCCUCAGUGAAAACGUCCUCGCCCCAGAGUUCUCGAGAAGCACUCUCUGGUGCAGUUUCGGGAUUUGUCAUGAUGCUCGAAUCAGGAUCAGGUGGUCGAUUUGUGAUGCGGUUGCACUAGCUACACAGGACUACACUUCUACGAGCCCGAACUUGUCAUGCGCGGCACCCAAAACUUGUGGACCUGUGUAGCAGAUUCUGGUUGGUUCUGCUUCGACGUGACUCGGGGGUGGGGAAAUUUUCGCUUAGGAUAAUGGGGGCAUGCGUUUUUGGCUUUUUUGGACCACGGAGUGGAAAAUCUGGGGAACGCGUGCAGGGGGCUCGUGGAAAACUGGAAUGGUAUUGUGGAGUGAGGCACUGGUACGUGCGCCGCGCAGGACAGACGACAAAAAGACAUCUCCAUGCAUGA